AUGGUUUUUUUCAAAAACGUUUCAUUAUUAAAAGAUGGAAAGAAACUUAUUCUCAAAGAUCUUAACCUUGAGAGUUUAAAAAGAAUUAUGAAUCAAAAUAAAUAUAAUACAAUUAUAUUAGAUUGUGAAACAGGACGCUUUUUAUUUUAUGAUUGUAUUAAUAAUAUUUCAAAUAAAUACGAUUUAUAUGAUUUAGACACUUUAUCAAAAAGUGAUGAAACAUUUGAAACGCUUAUGUUAUUAAAAUGUGAUGAAAAUAAUAUUAAAAAUAAAAUUGAUGUAGCUGAAAAUUAUCGGACAAAUAAUUUAUUAUCGGUUUCAAAUAAUAAAAAUGAACAACAACAAAAUAUUUUCAUAAAACAACAAGAAGCAUCAGAUAUAUUAGAUUAUUCUAAACCUAUAAUUAAUCCUAAUUUAUCUGAUAUUGACGGACAACAAGAUCGUAAAAAUAGUCAAAUAAAUUAUGAUAAAACAAUAUUUAAAUUAAUAUCAUUUACGGAUGAGUUAGAGGAUGAUAUAAACGAACAAGAAACAACCAGUAAUAAUAAGAAUGAAAAGGAUAACAAUCAAUUUAAUAUUAAUGGAAGUAUUGUUUUUAUUAAUAAUAAUAUUACAAAUAUUACUACUGAUAAAGGUAUAUUAGAAAAGAUUGAUACAACAUUAUUUUCAUCAUCUGAAAAAUAUAUAAUAUCAGCAAUAACGAAUCUUUGGAAUCAAUUUAGUUGUUUUGAAACAAGAUUAAGUAUUAUGGAAAAAAAGUUGAAUUUAAUAUAUGAAAGACAAUCGUUACAAUCAUUAUUAACAUUAUUAGAUUCUGUUUAUGAUAGAUUAGAAACAAGAACAUUUAAUGCAAAUGAUUCUUAUUUAACACUGAAAUUUUUUCGUUUUGUAUCUAAACAAUUAGUUAAAAAUUAUACAGAUCGAUGGUCACCAUAUAAUAAUAGUAUUAAAAAAUUAAGUUUAAAACCAGAAUGUAUCGAAAUUAAUUUAUUAGGUUUCGGGAUAUUAAACAAAUGUAAGUAUAAAAAUAAAAAUAAAAUAUAUUCUAUUCAAUCACCAACAUCAUUAUAUGUUAAUAGUAAAACAAACUACAGACCAUCAUAUAUAAGUCAACUAGCUGAAGUACCCGGCAUUGCUCGGGAAAAUUUGAUAUUACGUACUUGA